AUUAGAUCACAGGGCGGGACGUAUGAAAGGGACUGUUCUGUUGCUAUAAAUAAGGUCAGAAAAGGCAUUGUUCUGCUCUGCAACUAACGCCCUCUUCGCUCCUGUCUUCAUGGCUCGCACCAAGCAGACAGCUCGCAAGUCCACUGGCGGCAAGGCGCCGCGCAAGCAGCUGGCCACCAAGGCGGCCCGCAAGAGCGCGCCGGCCACUGGUGGCGUGAAGAAACCGCACCGCUACCGGCCCGGCACCGUGGCGCUGCGCGAGAUCCGGCGCUACCAGAAGUCAACCGAGCUGCUGAUCCGCAAGCUGCCGUUCCAGCGUCUGGUGCGCGAGAUCGCGCAGGACUUCAAGACCGACCUGCGCUUCCAGAGCUCGGCCGUGAUGGCGCUGCAGGAGGCGUGCGAGGCCUACCUGGUGGGGCUCUUUGAGGACACGAAUCUAUGCGCCAUCCACGCCAAGCGUGUCACCAUCAUGCCCAAGGACAUCCAGCUGGCCCGCCGCAUCCGUGGCGAGAGGGCAUAAAC